GCGUCUGUUCCUGCGCGCUGUCACGCUUUUUUACUACCAAACAGGCACGGAAUUCCAGGGAGGAAGUCACUGAGAUUGAGAAAGGAAAAAGUCCUAAAAGGGUGCCAGAAGAAAGAAAAACAAAAAAAACCAGGUCCUCAUUGGAAAACAGUGGAAAGAACUAAGUUUGGACCAUGCAGUAGAGGCGCAGAUGGAGGCGGUGAGGAGUUUGCUGCUGGUCGGGGCCGUGCUGCUCGGGCUGACGGGCGCUUUGGGCAGAGAAGUGUGCCUGGGUACAGACAUGAAGCUGACCCUGCCCUCCAGUCUGGAAAAUCACUACGAGACCCUGAAGCUGCUCUACACUGGCUGCAAGGUUGUCCACGGCAACCUGGAGAUCACACACCUUCAUGGAAACCCUGACCUCUCCUUCCUACAGGGGAUCGUGGAAGUACAGGGCUACGUACUUGUAGCUCAUGUGUCAGUGAGUCUGUUGCCUUUGGACAACCUUCGGAUCAUAAGAGGCAGCCAGCUGUACAACACCAGCUACGCCCUGGCUGUGCUGGAUAACACUAUGGACGGACAGGGGCUCAGGACGCUCCGGCUUCGAAGCCUCACAGAGAUCCUGUUGGGGGUGGUGUAUAUUUGGGGGAACCCCCAGCUGUGCUUCCCAGACCCCGUGAACAUUGUUUGGAGGGACACUUUGGACGAGCAGAACACCCACGCCAGGCUGCACCGGCUGCAGCCUCGGGCCGCUGAAUGUCCAAGUUGUUCCCCUGUAUGCGGGAAAAGCUGCUGGGGAAAAACACCACAGGACUGCCAGACCUUGACCCGUAUUAAAUGUGCAUCCGGAUGUCAGCGGUGUAAAGGUCCCCUUUCCCAUGACUGCUGUCACAUGCAGUGUGCUGCUGGCUGCACAGGACCCAAAGACUCAGACUGUCUGGCUUGCCGCCACUUCAACGACAGCGGGGUGUGCAAGGAGAACUGUCCUACGCCCACAAUCUACGACCCCGUCACCUUUCAGACCAAACCCAACCCAAACAGGAAGUUCAACUUUGGAGCCACCUGCGUCAAGACGUGUCCCUAUAACUAUCUGGCUAUGGAAGUGGCUUGUACUUUGAAUUGUCCCAGAGCCAACCAGGAAGUUCUCGUCUCAGACCCUGAUGGAAACGAGAUGCAGAAAUGUGAAAAGUGUGAAGGAGACUGUCCCAAAGUUUGCUAUGGUCUGGGUAUGGACAACCUGGGCGUCAUGGACAAUCAGGGCGUCACCAUGGUAACAUCUACUAAUGUGGAGCAGUUCAACAAGUGUAAGAAGAUUUUUGGUAGUCUGGCCUUCCUCCCUCAGAGCUUUGCAAGGGACACUGCGAGCAACACGUCAGGUCUGACCAUGGAGCAGCUGAGCAGCUUCAAGACACUGGAGGAGAUUACAGGAUAUUUGUACGUUGAUGCCUGGCCAGAAGAGUGGACUAACCUGAGUGUGUUCGAAAACCUGAAGGUGAUCAGAGGCAGGAUGCUCUACAAGGGUGUGUUUUCACUGGCCAUCCAGAAUCUACACAUCCGGUCUCUUGGGUUGCGUUCAUUACGCAGCGUCAGUGGAGGUUUGGUCCUGUUGCACAACAAUUCCCAGAUGUGCUACACCAAUUCACUGCCCUGGGACAGUCUGCUACAUCCAACCCAGGGACCUCACCGCAUCGUCAGCCUGAACCAGGACACCCAACUGUGUGAGGAAGAAGGGCGUGUUUGUCACGUGCUGUGCGAGGGGGGCUGCUGGGGGCCGGGGCCCAGCCAGUGUGUGUCCUGCAAGGCUUUCCAACGUGGCACUGAGUGCGUGGAGCAGUGUGACAUCAAUCAGGGGUCUAUUCCUGAAUACACAGAAGGAUCUUUGUGUGUUGCCUGUCACUCAGAGUGUCGACCUCUCAAUGGCUCCGCUUCCUGUCAUGGCCCGGGUGCAGAACAUUGCACAGAGUGUCGUAACUUCCAGGACGGUGAGUUUUGUGUGAAUCAUUGUCCCCACGGCGUGAAGGAGGAUCAGCAAGUUGUGUGGAAGUACAGCAAUGCUACAGGACACUGUCUGUCCUGCAACACCAACUGCUCGCUGUCCUGCACUGUGAUGGAUGAUAGAGGCUGCCCCAUUGACACCAGGACAGGACCGGGUACAACCAUCGCGGCCGCAGUAGGUGGAGUGGUGCUCUGCUUCAUCCUGCUCGCUCUGCUGGUCUUCUAUCUGAGGAGACAGAAGAAGCUCAAGAGGAAGGAGACAAUGAGGAGGCUCCUGCAAGAACAUGAGCUUGUGGAGCCUCUAACACCCAGCGGUGCGUCACCCAAUCAGGCUCAGAUGCGCAUCCUGAAGGAGACUGAGUUGAAAAAACUCAGGGUGCUGGGUGCAGGGGCCUUCGGUACUGUCUACAAGGGAGUGUGGGCUCCUGAUGGGGAAAAUGUGAAUGUGAAAAUACCAGUGGCCAUUAAGGUGUUACGAGAGAACACCUCGCCAAAGGCCAAUAAAGAGAUCCUUGAUGAGGCCUAUGUGAUGGCAGGAGUGUCCAGCCCCUAUGUGUGCCGUCUGCUGGGGAUUUGUCUGACCUCCACGGUGCAGCUGGUCACUCAGCUGAUGCCGUACGGCUGCCUCCUGGACUACGUCAGGGAGAACAAGGACCGCAUCGGCUCCCAGUUCAUCCUCAACUGGUGUGUCCAGAUCGCCAAGGGUAUGAGUUAUCUGGAGGAUGUCCGGCUGGUCCACAGGGAUUUAGCCGCCCGCAACGUUCUGGUCAAGAACCCAAACCACGUCAAGAUCACCGACUUCGGUCUGGCCCGUCUGCUUGAUAUAGACGAGACUGAAUAUCACGCUGAUGGAGGGAAGGUUCCGAUUAAAUGGAUGGCUCUGGAGUCUAUUCUGCACAGGAGGUUCACUCACCAGAGUGACGUCUGGAGCUACGGUGUGACGGUCUGGGAGCUGAUGACGUUUGGGGCUAAACCCUACGACAUGAUUCCAGCGAGAGAAAUCCCAGACGUCUUAGAGGGAGGAGAACGGCUUCCCCAGCCCCUCAUCUGCACCAUCGACGUCUACAUGAUCAUGGUCAAAUGUUGGAUGAUCGAACCAGAAAGCAGACCGCGGUUCACAGAUCUUGUGAGCGAUUUUAGUAUUAUGGCCAGAGAUCCACCUCGCUAUGUAGUCAUCAAGAACGACGAGCAGAUGAACAAGUCCCUCCCAGUGGACAGCCAGUUUUUCCGAAUGCUUCUGGAGGAGGAGGGGGGCAAUAUGAGGGAGCUGCUGGAUGCUGAUGAGUAUAUGGUGCCUCAGCCAAACCUCUUCGGCAGGACUCAGGUAGACGGGGCUCAAGCCAACGGGCCGUCCAGACAUCAGUCAUACAGGCAGAGCAGAGAUCAGGGCUUAGAAGUUGAGCCCUCUGUCACCGGCGGCCCUCGGAGCAUGUACUCCUCCCUGAGCACCCUCGGCCGCAGCCAGUACCCCACCUUACCUUUAGGAGCCAGCACCUCCAAUGGCAUAUGGAUUCCUCAGUACCAAAUGCUGGAUCGAAGCCCCUCGGCGGGGGACCAAUCCGACUCGGUCUUCCUGGACGGGUCUCCAGACGACCCCUCGCCCCCGGCCAGCCCCGGACGCUACUGCAAAGACCCCACCUACUCCAACGGGAGCCAGGGUGAACUGGAGACAGACGGGCAAAAUGGCUUUCAUCAUCCUAAUCACUUCCAUCACUCGUUGCCCAGACGGAGUCAUGGCUAUAAUCAUAAUCAUGCCUUGCCAGAGUACGUCAACCAGGAGAUUCCGGAUCUCAGGCCGGGGGUUCCUGACCGGCCCAGCACGCUGCCUCGUAAAGGCUCCAGAGUGGACCGACGCCUCCCCAACGGCCUGUGCUCCGGUCACAGCGUUGAAAACCCGAGAUACUUGGUCCCCGCGAGCGCUGGGGCCGCCACCUCUCCAGCCUUUGACAACCCGUACUACCUGGACCUUGUGGCCAAAGCCAACGCCGUAGCCGAGGCGGAAGCAGCGGACGGUGCUGAGGCACUGGAGAGAGACGGAAGAGCGCCAAGGCACGUGAACGGGUUUGUGACCUCCACUGCAGAGAAUCCGGAGUAUCUGGGACUAGCGGACACCUGGAGUGGAUAUACUUGAGCAAAAGGGACUGGGAGUAAUGUGACGAACUGAAGAGGAGUCACAGCUUGUGUUCUACUGAGGGAGAACGAGGAGUGAGAGAAAGGGAAGAUGAAUAUUUGUGAGAAAAACAAGCUGGUGUCUGAUUGAUAUUGGGAAUAGUACUUGCCUGUGGAACGAUAUUGAUAUCGAGCCGAGCACCCGAAUCCAAACCGGUAGAGGUUGUCCGGUAAAAGUCGAUUAAUCACCCAGUUGUGACUCACCAUGACACCAAGUAGCAUUAAUCUGGUGUCUGUGGCAUCAUUUGUAUUCCUGUCUUCCUCUCAGCAAUCUUUGCUCUCAGUGUGACUAUUAUGUGCCAAAAAAAAGAAGUUCACUCAGCCUCUGUGUAUAUCUCAGUAUUGGAGUUCACAUUUGUCCAAACCAUCAUGGUACAAGAAGGGUCUGAUUAUAACAGAAUAACAGUUGACUGGAUUAAUGAAUGCAAAUUUUUUUGUUUUUCUAACUAGCUUAAUGUUGGUGGUUGUUUGUUCCACACAUGAAGCCUUUUUUGUACGUCCUUCGGUUCCCUCGUGAUAUAUAUGUUGUUCCAUAUGCUAUUCAGCCCAGCUAAACAGAGAAGAAAACUCAGAGAGCACUUUGACAAAGUGAGCCGUGAUAUGUAUUGAAGGUGGUGUUUAGUAUUCUGGUCACUUUGUCUCUGACCUGAUGGGGGUCUUCAACACACUCAAAGCCAUUUUGUUUUGGCCAGAGAAGGGCCAGAAGCCCAUCUGGCCAGUAAACAUGCUCCCUGAAAGAAAGGCAUCCUGUAUGGAGAAGACAGAGGCAUUGUGCCACGCUGAUGUAUGUGGCUGCUAGUGUCUUGGCUGCAGCUACUUUCUGGUACACACAGAUGAGAUACGAGGUGCUUGCAGACUAUUUAUCCAAGCUGCAAAAAAAUCUCAAAAUGUAUUUUUUUUUUUUUAAGACAAAGUGUAUAUGUGACUAAGUUAAAUCCAACUUAUCAGGGAUUUAAAAAAAUCAAAUAAUAAGGAAAGAGUAUGUGCUUUUUGAGUUAUGCACAAUGCACUAGACGGUAGGAUACUGCAUAUGUCCCCCAGGCUUGUGUUAUCACAAUGAGCCUUUUGGUUUUGUUGGCCUUUCACUGUGCAAGAAAGCAUUACAAGCUAUUGGUGAGUUUAUUCCACAAGAAGUGAAGAAUUUGCGUGUAUCUGUACAUGUGUUUGCUACCCUUUUUAUAGAACAAAAAGCAGUUCUGCUGUUUUUGAGCAACACACUCGGAGCUGAAAGUGAAACUGAGGAGUACAAAACGUCGUAUGGAUAAUCAAUUCAUGGCUCAAAUUCCACUCUCCGAGAAACACUGGCAUCCCAGUUAAUAAUCAACUUUCUUUUUUGAAGAGUGCUUUUUUUCAUGUUAACUGGUGUUGGGUCUGGGGGAGGUCAAAACUGAGUCAAUGGAGCCAUUGUCUGGCCCUCAUGUCCACGUAGGAGAGACAGCGCUCGCCCAACUCACACGUCCCAACGGCUGAUGUUGUCUCAACGAGAGAACUACAGUUUUCUUCUGCCGAGGUUUGGAGCUCGCUUUGGAGAAUGUGGUUCAGUGUUUGGAGCUCGAAAUCCUGAAACAAGUCUUGAAGCAACUCUCCAUCAACACAUCAGUUUCACUCAGAAAGUCUUUUAUCUUGAUGUUCUCAUACGGGUUUUGAAGAGUUUUGUUCCAGAAAAAGGAUUUCUAAAAGUUAAACCCGAUUCUGUGUAACAAUAACAUAAAAAUAACUUGUUGUUAUAAAAUCAUGAUACGUUUUUAUUUUAAUACCCUCAAAUUUCAUAUACUAAAAUUGUUAAGAAUGGAACUAUUAUUGAGUGAUAUGAUUCACAUAACUGUUUUAAGUUUGUUUUCCAUAUAUAAUGGAUAUACAGUAUAGUUUUUUGGAAUGAAACCCUUCACAUGUAUUGUUGUUGUCCGGUGAACACCUCAUAUCUCCUCAUACUCUAAGAAAAGAUGAAACAAACCCACCGAUUUUAGAUUGAAAUGUAAUGUUGCAAUAGUUAUGUUAUAUUUAGAAGGAGUUCAAAACAAUCGAAGGAUGUAGAAUUUUCUCAAAACAAAUGGAGGCUUGUAACCUCUUAAAUUGAAAUUUAAAGGUGAACCCCCUGACUUUUUUUAAUUAAGUAAUUGCACCAUUGCAAUUUAUGUUAUGUUUUAAAAGAUCAACCGUAAGGUUUUAAGUAAUUUGGGGAUUUGGGUGCUAUUGGGUGCUUUUAAAAAAGAAAUCGAGGACCCACACUCGUCACCUCUGCUGGAGAUACAAGGUUUUCACAGGAUCACAACAAUGUUAAAGCACAGCUCACAGAUGUUCCCGCCUCCUUAAGAAUGUGAUAUUUCCUGGAUGUUAUGAAACCUUAUUUACAAUCACAAAUAAUGUAAUGGUGUUUACACUGUAGUGUCUUUUUGUAUGUUCAAUUUAGAUGUGUCAUGUAUGCGACACAUGACCCGAGACUCUCACUGAGGAGGGGCUGUCCUCCUUAAAACCACGUGUGUCCCUUAUUUGGAUAUAAAACUGUUGUAUUAAAGCUUCUUGCCAUUG